AUGAAUACGGCGACGAGGUGGAUAGGAGUGCUCUCGGGACUUCUGCUGUUUCAAUAUUCAGUCGCUGUAGUAGCAGAGCAGGUGGUAACAGCCCCUUUGAGUGUAACACCCUCGAUCAGUUGGUACGGAUAUGACGGGUCCUGGUCGGCAAUAUCGUUGAGAGUUGGAACCCCUCAGCAAUGGGUUGAUGUUAUGGUCAAUACUGUGAGCUCUGAGACUUGGGUUGUAGGUCCUUCGGGAUGCGUUGGAGGAAACUCCCUAUGCACCUCUGCCAGAGGAGCCAUUUUCGAUCUCGCGACCUCAUCAACAUGGCAAGAUCAAGGGUUUUACAAUUUGGGAGUUGAUGGUCGGUUCGGUGGUAUGGGGUAUGCGCAAUAUGGCUUGGACGACAUAACGUUUGGCUCCACUGGUAUAACACUCAACAACACCAUCAUCGGGUCUAUCAAUACAACUGAAUACUGGCUGGGCAUGUUUGGAUUGGGAGUAGUUCCAGGGAAUUUCAGAAACAUCACCUCUCUUCCCGCUAUUAGUGGUCUUGUGGAAAAGAAUAGUGCUAUUCCGACACACAGUUAUGGCUACACCGCUGGAGCAAAAUACCAACAAAAGGGUGUGCCCAUUUCAUUGACCUUAGGCGGAGUCGACACCAACCGAUUUCAACCUCACAAUACAACGUUUAAUCUUAAUCCUAGCAAAAACCCACAAGCUAGCAUAAACUCUAUCACAGUGGUAUCCUCAGCGAGUAGCAAUAAUUGGACAACGCAAACUCAACUUGCUUCAACUGCUGACCGAGUCUCUGCUAUCAUCGACAGUACAACUCCAUAUCUAUGGCUACCACAAUCGAUAUGCGAUCGUUUUGCAACAACUUUAGGAUUGACUUACAACACGUCAUUGAAAAUCUAUACGUAUGAUAAUAAACCUGGACAACAUGAUGCACUUAUGAAUUCUCAAUUGAGCUUUACAUUCAGCUUGUCUGACUUGUCUAGCUCAGAAAGCAUCGUCAACAUCACUUUGCCUUACGCGGCAUUUGACCUUCAACUUACAUUUCCAAGUCCACUGUUGAAUGCAACUUAUGGUUCGGCAGACUCAACAAAGAACUAUUUCCCCCUUAAGGUUGCAGAAAAUGAAGCAGAAUAUACCAUUGGUCGGGCCUUCUUACAGGAGGCUUAUAUCAUUACCGACUACGAGAGAAAUCAAUUCUCAAUUCAUCAAGCUGUUCACACUUCAGAUCCUAUUGGAAACACUAGCAUUGUAGCAAUCACACGUCCUGGAGAUAGUACAUUUACUCCACCGGAAACCACGUCGAAGACAAAGUCGAAAAUUUCAUCGGGAGUCAUCGCUGGGAUUGCGGUUGGUGCCGUUGCAGGAGUGGCCUUGUUACUUCUUCUAGUUUUCUGUCUAUGUCGACGGAAAAGGAAGCAGAAGACGCAAGCGGUUUCAGAUGAGAAGCCUAUCGUUGUGGAUCAAUCACAUUCUAUAUUCAACAGAUUCCGCAAGAAGCCAACAGGGGCACCUGUCAACGAGGCAGCGGGGAGCACAGUCUAUGCUACAGAGGUUGGUGCUGAUGCAUCACAUGAAAGAUUUGAGCUUCCUGCUUCGUUACCUGCGGAGCUUGACAGUGAGGCAGGCACAUUGAGUGGUACCACCGAAUACGGACAUUCAACACAAGACUCAAGCAACAGCAUUUCUGCAUAUGAGAGGGCGAGACGCAAACAUGAACGUCAAAUGGCAGGAGGCUUCCCAACUCCACUCUCGCAAGACGAAUAUCCGGUCGAAAAGUCAGAACAAGACGUUGCUGUGAAUCCCGUCCAUCGACAUCUCGAAAUUCCGGAUUCCGAGGGUCAUACACCACUGGUGUCACCUGUUGGGGAUUCCCAUACCAUAUCCACAGUCAGUGGCCAGCCAUCACCUAUUUCUGCUGGAUUCGUGUCUGGGCCGACAAGUCCUAUCAGUCCUCCGCCUAACUAUCGCAGAAUUGCACCGGGUAAUGUGGUAUAUGCAGGACCGCUUCCGGAUAAUGUUACAUUACCACAAGUGGUACCUGAAGUAAUUGGCCCGGAUAGACGGGUAAGACCGUCGGAGCAAACGCUUCUUACCGAACCUGGGACGAUGAGUGAUUCGGAGGGAAUGUCGAGCACAUUAGGAAGUCACUUUACCGAGAACGAAGAUGCGGGGACUGAUUUGUAUAACAACACCGACCCAAUCCGUCAACCCCACAGUCCCGUUUCGAGCGCCAGUCCAGGCGGCACUGUCUUCGGUACCGAUAAUCACAGUGUGAGCGCUGCCACAUUCAGCAGUAACCAUACUCGUCUCCCUCCGCCUUCGAUUGGGGUUCACAGUCCAGGCCACGAUGGUCGGAUCAUACGCGAGGAAGACGAGUCGAAAUUUCUGCGUGAAGAUAUGAUCGCGCUACGUGCAGAUAUGCAAGCGAGAGAGGUUCUCAAUCCUUAUCAAGGUCGCACGCAUAUUCAUGGAGAGGACUUGGUACAUGUGCCCGUUCCUGCUGCGGAGAGGUUCUCAUUCGAGGAAGAACGAAUUAAUGAUGGGAGUGGAACAAAGUAA